AUGGGCCUUGAAAAAGGUCCUGCUAAAUAUUUCAUCACUCGAAAUGAGGUUAAAACAUAUUCAAUUUCUGCUGAUCAAACUUCUGUUGCUAUUGAAAACGUUUAUUCUGGAUCAUUACCUAAAAGAGUACUUGUUGGUUUGGUUAAUGAUAAAGCAUUUACCGGUUCCUUAGCAUCAAACCCGUAUGAAUUUAAAAAUUUCGGAGUGAAUUACAUUGCAUUAUCUAUGGAUGGAAUUAUGAUACCAAGUAUACCCUAUCAACCUAAUUUCUCUCAAGGACAAUGCAUGCGUGAAUUUAUGUGUUUAUACCGAUAUUUUAAUCAAGAUGAAGGUCUACCUCAAAUUGAUAUAAGUUAUGCGGAUUUCAAAAAAGACAAAACAUUCUUUGCUUUUGAUCUAACCCCUGAUGGUACAAUCGGAGCUGAAACUGGAACCUUAUCACUUGUAAAGAGAGGACAUAUAAGAUUGGAUUUGAAAUUUGCUCAGAAACUAUCCUCAUCAAUCAAGGUUAUCGUUUUUGCUCAAUUUGAUAAUCUGAUUACAAUAGACAGUGAUAGAAAAGUUUUCAUUGAUUAUUAA